AUGACUCCCUCGGACCAAGACAAGGCAAUCAAAAAGAGAAACAGAGUCCCCCUAUCGUGUUCCAACUGUAGAAGAAAGAAAAUCAAAUGUGAUCGGGGGAAACCAAUCUGUAAGAUGUGUCAGGCACAUAAUUUCACCGAUUGUGUCUAUUAUAGUCGGUCUUCCACUGUUGACGUACAGGAAGUGGUUAACACUUUGGUUGGUAAUGUCCAUACCACCAACAAUGUCAAUGGUGAUGCUAACGAGAUUGCUGCUGUAAUUACUGGUAGUACCAUCAUUACCGGAAAUGGCAUCCAUGCCAAUGUCCAAAAAGCGCCCAAUGAAGAUCCUAGUGCAAUUACCUCGAUUCAAGUGGAACAUGCCGUUUCUGAACAAUUGACAUCGAUGAAAUCCAAAAUAGAAUCCCUCGAGAAACAACUCAGUGAACAAAAAUCCAUGAAUCGCCAUAAUGUUGCCUUUCAUUAUUCGGAUUACUCGUAUGAAUUGAUUGAAAAAGUUCGGAGUUUCUUAACUUCAAUGAAUCUGUCCCCAUUCGAUAAGAUCCCUGUAUUCUCCGAUUGCGAACCAACCAUUUAUUUCAAUUCAAAAUAUAAUAACUUUGGCCCAUUUGCUUGGAUUACAAUUAUAAAGAAGGACCAAUUUCUAUUGCCCAUAUUUAAAAAAGUGACUCAAGCACGUAGGGAAAUCGUUACAAACUUCCAAAAAAUAACAAUGUCUCUUUUGAAUAUCCCAGAUAAUAAAAAUUACCCAAAACCAACAGUUGCAUUCGAGCCCUACACUGACUUAAACACAAAUACGGUUUCAAGUUUCAAUCAUAAGUUUUCCCUGAAUCCAAAAACACUUGAUCUAACUCGAAAAAUUGCUCAAGAGUUGCCCAAUAAAAGAGCAAUAUGGCUCUUCAUCCAAAGAUUCUUCAAAUAUGUUUAUCCGUUUGUGCCAUAUCUUGACCAAGAAACAUUUAUUGAUGAUAUUGAGAGAUUGAUCGAUGGACACAGUAUUGACGAUUUGUCAAAGGAGGAGAAAGUCACUUAUUUCAACGUUAGUGAACAUUUGGAUUUGGCCAUAAUUGGAACUUUGCUGAUUGUAAUAAAAUUUGCCUAUGAGUCUCUCUUGUCAACAAAUAGAGAAAUGAUGGACCCACACAAUCGUUCAAAGGAUGACCAAUACUUAUUACAAUUUACACAAGGUGAUAAUAUAGUGAGUUUAACAAAUGAAUGUCUUAAUGAAUUCUCAUUAAUCAAAAGGUGUUCUUUACCUAUACUACAAUUGGCAAUAUUGUUUAGAGAAUACCAGAAGGUUGAUGGCUGUGAUGCGUUUCAAGAUGGAGAUUCUCAAAUAUUCACUGGCUUGAUUAUCCAGAUUGGUAAUACAAUCGGGUUGAAUCGGGAUCCCUUAUCCAAUAAUGAGUUGACCGACGGUAAGGCUAUUAAUUUAAGAAGAAAAAUUUGGUAUGGCUUAAUCUCAUCCGAUAAUUAUCAAUACACCCAAACUGGCACGCCUCCAAUUAUACACCCUAGUCAUUAUGACACUAGGUUGCCUGAAUUCGAUGAAAAUUCUUCAAAUGUCUAUGAUCUGAAAAUUGAGAGAAUUACAAUUGAAAAUAUUAGGAAGAGAUUUGAAAUUGAGAAUAAAAUGCGAUCUCUAGCGGAUCUCAUGUCUAAUAUGAAGCAAAGCCCAAAUGUUGAGCAUAUAACCCUCUGUAUCAUUGACUUGGAGGCUGAAUUGAAACAUCAGUUUGGUACUUUAGAUGAUCUACUUCUUUCAAAUCAUGGAAACAUUCAUCAUAAAAAACUUGAAAAAGUUUUGAACUUUAUCAUCUAUACAAACACUUUGAAUCUAUUGAAACCAGUCCAUAUGCUAGUCUAUUACCAUUGCCAACAGAGAGAAAAUUUUGAAGCCACCUACUAUAUUCACAAUAAAAUAUUGUCCUUCUGGAUGUAUCUUUUAAGUAAUUUACCUGAAUUAGUAGGCUCAAGCCAUACCUACUUUGAUAUUGGCUUUGAUGUAUUUCUAAUACCUGGGUUAGAAGUUUCUCUGCACAAAGGCUUAUGUUUCUUCAUGUCAACAUAUGUUAAGUGUAAAAUAUUUAUUGACUUAUUAAAAGCCGAAGGUUCGAAUGAUUCAGAGCUGGUUAAUGUUGUUACUUUUUUUAAAGAUAAUGUGUUGAUUCGGAUACUAUCGGAUAUAUAUAUUCCAAUAUUGAGACAGCUAUCACCAAAAUAUUUCUACUCCUGGCGAAUGCUUAAAUCUCAUCAGUUUAUUUUGAAAUGCUUACGAGAAAACUCAAUUGACUUUUCAAGAAGGACACAUCUUUUCAACUUUAUUGAAAAAUUGACUGUUACUGACUUUAAGAUCUUAAUCAAAACAUCUGAUAUCAACACAUAUAAAAUUGGUGGCAACUCACCACCUUGGUUGCCAUCUUGGCGUAACAAAUACAGGAAAUUACAAAGCAUUUUUUUGAACGAACCAUUGUUUGAUAAGGGGCCUGUUUUUAGUGAUGAAUUGUUGUCUAUAGACUCUUCUGUGGGAAAAUAUACCCUAAUUAAUACUGUCCCAGUUAAUGAAGAAGAAGAAGCGUUAGAAGAUAGGAGAUGGUACGAAAAGCUGUAUGAGAAAAUGACUAUUAAUUUUAACCAUCGCUUUGAUCCCUCUCAAGUGCACGCCAAUUCAAUGACAAUGGCUCCUGCCUUUUCUCCUGUUCCUUUGCCAGAGAAACAACUCACUAGUGCGCCCACUCUGCAAUCAUUGAAAACUAAACCACAGGACUUAACUCCUGGUGACCAACAGCAUUAUCAUCAACCUCAGCUGCAACAUCAACCGCAACACCACCUACAGCCUCUUCAACGAUUGGUACAACAACAAUUCAUACAGUCUUCCCAGCCACAACUGAUUAAUACAAUUCCAAAUGCACAGUCCCAUGCUCAGAUAUCCACAUCCGGCAUGCCAUUAGAUGGAGUGAUGCCGGAGAUUCCUGGUCCCGUUCAAUAUAUUCCGCAAACACUGAACCAUACAGGUCCCGAACCAUUGUCCGCCACCAGGGAAACUGAAGACAUAUUCUAUAUGUUGGACAAUGCAAUGAAUAUGGACGAUAUAUUCAUUCUGCAGUGA